CGGUAAACUUGAACCACGUACUCAGUACAAUUGACUUACUACGCGCACCUCAACCUCUAGACACACCCGUUCUCUUUCACGACCAUCAUGGCUGAGGCCGUCCGACGAUUCGGAGCUGGCUGGAUUGAAACACUGCCACCAGAACUCUGGCAAAUUAUCCUUGACUUCGCGCCUUCUGCCACAAUCCGGGAAUGUCUGGCCGUUUCCAAGCUCCUCCACGACGUCGCAGCUCCCAUAGUUUUCUCGGCACUCCGUAUUCACUUCGGAGCCUGGCAAGCUGACUCGGAAUCUGGCACUCAAUGGGCCGAAGGAGACUGCGUCCGCAGGUCGUGUUCUAUGCUCCUACAUAUCAUGACGGAUCCUAUAUUCGCGUCGUACGUCAAACAUCUUGAUGUACUCGCGUUCGUGGAUAAGAAGGCCACUUUUGAACUGUGCUGCCUGACGAAAGCUCUUGGCGUCAUGCACAAUCUGCGUACAUUCAGAUGGCACACCGGUUCUCGGAUGUUCAGUAUCCCGGACAACGAACUUAUGAAAACUCUAGCAUCGACGUGCUAUCGUCUCUGCGAAUACAGCUUGCCGAUUCAGUGUCUGAGCGAGAUACACGGUCUAAAACAAUUGCGAGCAACAAGUGUUUCCCUGCAGUUCGUGGAUACGAAUCUUUGGCACUCAGGGUCACCUCUGGAUGACGUUGACCUCGCGUGCUUUGCGUCACUCUUCGACGUAUACAGAGGAUUCUUGACCCAGCUCUCCGUGCCAAGCCAGGUUGUCUUGGAAUGCCCCGUAUUUAUCCUGCAACAUUUGACUCAUCUCACAAUCGACUGCACCGAAGAUGGAGAUUUUGGCAGCAUCCCAAUCAUAUUUGGUAGCUGUAAUCGUCUCGAGUCGCUGCACAUACAAUCACCCGAGCAACCGCCAGACGAUCUCUUUGCCACCAUGGCUGAAAGUCCCUCUGCGCUCCCCCUCCUCACACACCUCAAGAUUAAUGUAGAGUUUCCUUGGGGUGAGACCAGGUACGAUGCGCUAGCGGGCUUCAUUCGGUCGAAGAAGAAAUUGCGGUGUCUGGACUUUGGCGAGGCGUCCGUAUACCUUACCAUGCUGGCUCCUGUCCUGUCGGCUAUCGAGUCAUUGUCAGGUCUGGAGGUCUUGGGUCUCGACAUCACCGUCGAUGCCUUUGGAGAGGCCGAAUCAGCGUACUUGCAACGUAUAAUCCCCAAGACCGUCACGGCGCUACGUCUAGAACUAGGGUACACCCAGCCCGGAAUGGAGAACGCGCUGAAACCUGCCUCCCCGUGGAUCGAAUUGUGGGCAAGCCUUCCAAGGCUUGCCUUUGCGUAUCUCGCCGGGGACGACGAACAACAUUGUCCGACUCUAUCAGCUGAUGAGCUCGCUGAUGCUGUCGCGUCUCUCAGACUGAUAGGCUGUCGGUGGCGCUUCCGCGAAGUGGAGCGUGUAGAUGGCGAGGUGAAAAUGAGUGAACCUUGGUCUCAAACAAAAGUUCGAUUCCGAACGGUUCAGGACUUCGGGUGCGAAGACUGGGAGUGGCUCAUGCGGGACCAUGGAUUGUUGAGCGAUUUCAGCUAUGCUCGAUGAAAGGUGUCGGUAGUGUUAGACUGCUACGAGAUUCCGGCCGGUGUAUGUACAGUGUAGUGCGGAGUACGCAUGCUACAUACAUAUAUGUACUUGAGUUAGUAGACUCUAGAGGGCGAACCUCUACGGCCUA